UGUCAAUUAGAAUUUGUGUCAAUGGCAAGUAUUUGUGAUCAGAACAUGCGAUUAAUAAUAAUUAGUAUUUAAAACGAGAAUUAUUUUUCGUUUACAAUGGGAUACCUACUUGGAUGUGGGAUUUGCUGUUCUCUGAUAAGCGUGUGGGGUAUAAUUCAAUUGACCCUCAUGGGGAUAUUUUAUUACGUAGAAGCUGUCACCCUCUUAGAAGAUGUAGAGGCGGAAGAAUAUGAUGAUUAUGAGGAUUACAUUCAUAAGACCGAACACAAUUACGCCGCAGUUGCCCGUAACUGCUGGAUUGCUGCAGCCAUAUAUUUGGUUUUCCUCGCUCUUUCCUACACUUGUAUAAUUAAAGCAAGGUCGCGAAAAAAGAAAGAAGAUCUGAAGUUACAAGAUGACGAUUAUGUUUGUGCUCCGAAACCGCCGCCCAAGAAAAAGGAAAGAAAGGAAAAAGCUAGAAAAUAAACAAUUUAAUGUAAUAAUUAUGCAUUUGAAGUAAUUAAUUAUACUAGGAAUAUUUAAUUUACAAUCGUUACAAGAAUUAGGAUGUAAUUAAAAGUUUGAUAGCCAAUUUUCCUACGAAUUACAGAAGUUCCUAUGUAGGUUGGCAGGCAGGUCAGAGAACGAAAUAAAAUGCAUU